CACUCACUGAAGCAGAUCUAUUAUACGGAGGAAGGUGAAGAUGUAUGAGCAGCAGCAACAUUUCAUGGAUUUGCAAAGCGAUUCUGGGUUUGGGGAUGAUAGCUCCUGGCUCGCCGGCGAUGACGAUCUUCGACUCUCUCCUCACCAAUCCGCCGCCGGUACGAACUCCGGCAAUGAGAAUCUAGAUCGUCGUCUUUUAAAAGAUCUCGUUGAGAUGGUUCCCCUUAUCGAGCAUUACAUGGAACACAAAGAAAGGAGUUCGUUUAAGCGGCGUGGUUCCAUGAUCUAUACUAAGAUGCCUUCUAAAGAAUCCUUGUCCAGAAGGGGAAGAAAUACUUCUCAAACAGUCCCAGGGAGAAAGAAGAAAGACCAAGAGGGCAAUGACGAUGUUAUGAACAAUUCUAGAGAAGAUGUUGAAAACGCAAAGUCUUUGGCUGGUGCAGAAAAGGAAGAACUGACUAGAUUAAGAGAGCAAGUGAAUGACUUGCAGACAAAAUUAUCAGAGAAAGAAGAGGUUUUAAAGUCUAUGGAGAUGUCAAAGAAUCAGGUAAACGAGAUACAAGAAAAGCUUGAAGCAACAAAUCGAUUGGUUGCUGAGAAGGAGAUGUUGAUCAAGUCUAUGCAGUUACAAUUAUCGGACACAAAGAUCAAACUUGCAGACAAGCAAGCUGCCCUUGAAAAGACUCAAUGGGAAGCAAAGACAACAAGAACAAGAGCAAUCAAGCUUCAAGAACAGCUAGAUGCUGUUGAAGGAGACAUCUCUACAUUCACACGGGUUUUCGAAACUUUGGCGAAAACUGAUUCCAAGAAACCCGAUAGGGAUUAUGAUGCAACCCCAUAUGAAUUUGAUCAUCUGCCAUAUCUUGACGAUGUAGAUGAAACAGACCUGAGGAAAAUAGAAGAAGCAAGAUUAGCUUAUGUUGCAGCAGUGACUACUGCAAAGGAACGAGAAGAUGAAGAAUCUCUGGCCAUGGCUGCUAAAGCUCGAGCCUACCUGCAAUCACUGGCCUUUACAUAAUAAUCACCUUCAGGUACUUUCUUAUAGGAUAUUUCUCUCCUUGGUUUGUUUUAGGUGUAUGUAGAUUUGUACCAUGAAAAUAUUGGAGAAGAUAAGCUUGUGUGAGAAACACAAAGUUAUGGUUUCCCCUAAAUCAAUGAAUAACUCGAGUUUUUGUUUCUUCAUUUGAGCAUGUAUCUACAAAUAUAUUGGGAACAUAAAAUCAGAUUGUAUAAUGUAUAAGUUUAAUAGUUUUUACUUAGAGAUGCCCUUAACAAUAAAAUCUAUCAACUUUG